UUGCAGAGAUGAUAGUGUCCCAUGAUUUGUGAUCAUGUUUCAUCUAUUCUCAACUGCUAUUAUCAGAUAGUAGUUCCCAACUCUUGAGAGAGAGAGAGAAAAAGAAAGGGAUGGAAUUGAUGAUCAUCAGAUUUAUGGCCCUGUUUCUGGUUCUGCUAUUCCUGUACUGUUUGCUUCAAGUUGUUUAUACGAUUUGGUGGAGACCAAAGAGCCUAGAAAGGGAACUAAGGAACCAAGGUAUCCGAGGGAACCCUUAUAAGCUUAUUCAUGGUGACAAGGAAGAAUUCAAGAGCAUGAUGAUAGAAGCUUGGUCCCGUCCUAUGCCUCUCACCCACAAGAUUGUGCCACGCGUCACCCCCUUCAUUCAUCAGAUGUUGAACAGAUAUGGAAAAGUUUCAUUGAGCUGGCAUGGAACACUACCUAGGCUUAUAAUAGCAGAUGCUGAGCUGCUGAAGUUAGUAUUGACCGACAAAAACAACCAUUUCCGUAAGCCAAUAUUGAACCCACUUGUGGAUCUCUUGACUUUGGGAUUGUCAACACUGGAAGGCCAGAAAUGGUUCAAGAGGAGAAGGAUACUUACUCCUGCUUUUCAUCAUGAGAAAAUACAGGGGAUGUUGCCAGCAUUUUCUGCUUGUUGUUGUGACCUAGUUGAUAGAUUGGAAAAGAUGGUAAACCCCUCGGGAUCGUGUGAAAUUGACAUGGCUGCUGAGUUCCAAGCUUUUUCCUUGGAUGUAAUUGCUCGAACAGCCUUUGGAAGUAACUAUAAGGAAGGAGAAAAGAUAUUUUCUCUUCAAAAGGAGCAACUCGUUCUGGUCUUGGAAGCAUAUCAUUCUUUAUACUUCCCCGGUUUAAGAUUUGUACCCACUAAGAAAAAUAGGCGAAGGUACGAGAUAGACAAUCAAAUCAAAACAAUUCUUCGAGAUAUGAUUGAGAAGAGAGAAAAGGUUAAUAGAAAUGGGGAUUUAGAUUUGCUCGGUUUAUUACUGCAAUGUAGAGAAGAUGGGAAUAAUGAGAUGACCAUCGAUGAUAUCAUUGAAGAAUGCAAGUUGUUCUACUUUGCUGGUCAAGAGACUACUGCAAAAUUGUUAACAUGGACAUCAAUAGUCCUUUCCAUGCAUCCAAACUGGCAAGAAAAGGCGAGAGAGGAAGUUUUACAAGUAUGUGGUACUAGGAGGCCUGAGCUCCCGGAUCUAAAUCGCCUAAAGAAGGUGACAAUGAUUCUGAAUGAAGUUCUAAGGUUAUACCCACCAGUUGUGGCCUUGGCCCGACACACAACCCAUAUGACGAAAGUUGGGAACCUUUCGAUACCUUCUGGAGUUGAAGUGUACAUGCCUAUCUUGUUGUUGCAUUAUGAUAAAGAGCAUUGGGGUGAAGACGUAGAAGAAUUCAAUCCCGAUAGAUUCUCUGAAGGAGUAUCCAAGGCAUCAAAGGACCAACUUAUGUUCUACCCAUUUGGUUGGGGGGCAAGGAUUUGUUUGGGGCAAAGCUUUGCAAUGUUAGAAGCGAAAUUGGCCCUCGCGAUGGUGUUGCAACGUUUUUCGUUUCAACUCUCGCCUUCUUACAGUCAUGCCCCUCACACUGUUAUCACUUUGCAACCUCAACAUGGAGCUCCAAUUAUACUGCACACUCUAGCUAGUGAGUAGAUUUGGUCAUGUAUUUUAUACAUCAAUAGUGUUAAAUAUUCUAAAUAUAUAAAUUAUUAGUGCCAUGUCAGCAGCAUGUGAUGUGAUGUGGAAGCCAUGUCAUACAUUAAACAAAGCCUAUUUAUCUUCCCUUCCGAGA